AUGAAUGUAAUUGGAACGAACGCCCUGAUCGGCAAUUACAAGAUACCCUACAUUGCCAUUAUCGGCAUCACCAUGGGCGGCGGCGUGGGCCUCAGUGUGCACGGAAAGUACCGGGUGGCCACCGACCGGACGUUGUUCGCUAUGCCCGAAACGGGAAUUGGCCUGUUACCCGACGUGGGCGGCUCCUACUUCCUGCCACGCCUUCCAGGAAAACUGGGUCUCUACCUGAGACUGACAGGAUAUAGGCUGCGGGGCGGCGAUGUCUUCUACUCGGGUAUUGCUACGCACUACUGCGAGAGCAGCAAGAUCCCCGAUCUGGAGACGGCGCUGCUCAACUGCCCAGAUGCAGAUGAUGUACCCGAGCUGCUGCAGAAGUUCCAUUCCACGCCUUAAAAGCCCUUCUCGCUGCAGCCUGUCCUGGAGCAGAUCAACAAGAACUUCUCGGCGGACCUGGUGUGGGGCAUUCUGGAGAACCUGCAGAAUGACGGCAGCGAGUGGGCCAAGAAGACGCUGGAGACCCUCUGCAAGGUGUCGCCCACCUCGAUGAAGGUUACGUUCCGCCAGCUGGAGCUCGGCUCCCAGCUGUCUCUGGCCCAAUGUCUCAUCAUGGAGUACCGCCUGGCCGUGCCAAGUUCCAUCUUCGUUAAAGCCCUAUUUUGGUACGACUAAUACUGGAGAAUUAUAAGGGCUACUGCUUGGCCUUAUAAUUUCUUU